AUGGUUGCAAGAAAUAAUCCCAUUUUGGCGAAUAAGGAGGAUGCCAACUUCCGUGAGGCCUUGAAGUUGUUUGACAGCAAACAGUAUAAGAAGGCAUUGAAGUUAGUUGAAGCCAAUAUUAAAAAGAAUUCAUCUCAUGCCGAAUCAUUGGCAUUGAAGGGGGUUCUUAAUCACCAUUUAGGACAUAAGGCCGAAGCAAAGCCAUUUAUCACUAAGGCAGUUAGUAAAGAGCCUGGUAAUUACUUGGUUGAUCAUCUUGCUGGGAUCUAUUUCAGAACAAUUGAUGAUUACCCAGAAGCAGCCAAAUGGCUUAAGGCAUCUAUUGAUAACGGAUCACCAAAUAGGGCCAUUUUACGUGAUUUGGCUUUAUUGCAAUCUCAAAUUAGAGACUAUAAGAAUUUGAGAGAUACUAGACAAGCUUAUUUAGAAUUUCAACCUGGUUAUAGAGCAAAUUGGACUGCUACUGCCAUUGCUCAACAUUUAAAUAAAGAUUAUAAUGCAGCAGUUAAUACUUUAACCAAGAUUGAAGACAUUAUCAAACCUCAUUUGACCGAAGCAGAUUUAUACGAACAAUCAGAAUGUUGCUUGUAUAAAAAUUAUAUCGUUAAUGAAGCAGGAAAUUAUACUAAAGCUUUAGAACUUUUAGAAAAAGAUGAAAAGGAAAUUACUGAUAGAUUAUCAUUUUUAGAAUACAAGGCUAAGUACCUUGUAUUACUAGGUCAAAAUGAAGAAGCUUCCUUAAUUUAUCGCCAACUUUUACAAAGAAACCCUGAUAAUGUUGAUUAUUAUACCUUAUUAGAAACCGCUUUAGGUACUUCAUCUAAACCUUUUGAAUAUAGAUUAAAAUUAUAUGAAAAAUUGGCUCGUUUCUACCCUCGCUCAGAUCCUCCUAAAUUCAUCCCAUUAACUUUUUUACCUUCCGAUCAUCCAAGCUUUGAACAAAAGGCUAGAGAUUAUGUUGAAUCUCAAUUGAAAAGGGGAGUCCCUUCUACUUUUGUUAAUAUUAAGCCUUUAUACAAAAACAUUGAAAAAUUAAAAGUUAUCGAAAAAAUCGUUUUGGAAUUUUUCAAACUUCAAGCACCUUCUUUAAAUCCAACUGUUACAGUUUGGUCAAAAUACUUCUUGGCUCAACAUUAUUUAUACUUGAAUGAUUUGGUGAAGGCUAAUGACUAUAUCGAUUCAGCUUUGGAUCAUUCACCAACUUUGGUUGAACUUUACAUUGUUAAAGCUCGUAUCAUAAAGCACUUUGGUGAUUAUGAAAAGGCAAGUCAAAUAAUGAACGAAGCUCGUGAAUUGGAUUUACAAGAUCGUUUCAUCAAUUCUAAAACUACAAAAUACCUUUUAAGAGCAAACAAAGUUAAUGAAGCCAUUGAUUGUAUCUCUUUAUUCACCAAGUUAGAUGAUGAUGCGGUCAAUGGCUGUAAAGAUUUACAUUUGAUGCAAGUCAACUGGGUCCUUAUUGAAAGCGCAGAAGCUUACACUAGAAUAUAUCAUGACUAUGAAAAACAAUUGAAAGAUUUAUCCCCAGAAGAUUCAUCGGAAGAAUCCUUAGCCGCUGAACAAGAAUUAAAAGAAAAUAUCGAUAUCUUCAAAGGUUUGGCUUUGAAAAGAUACCAUGCAGUCAUUGACAAUUUCAAAAUCUUCUUUGAUGAUCAAUUUGAUUUCCAUUCCUAUUGUAUGAGACGUGCUACUCCAAGAGACUACAUCGAAACCUUGAAAUGGGAAGAUAAAUUACAUUCCACUCCAAUUUAUGUUCGUACCAUCAAAGGAUUGUCUUCAGUCUAUUGGGAAAUCUAUGAGCAACAACAAAAACAAAAAGAAAUGGAAGCUUCAAAUGAAGAUAAGGAAUCUUCUCCAGCUAAAUCUAAAAAGAGCAACAAGAAUAAAAAGAAGAAGGAAAAGGCUCAAAAUAUCAAAAGAAAAGCUGAGUUAAUUUCAAAAGUCGAAUCUACUAAAGAAGACCCCGAUCCUUUAGGUGCCAAAUUAUUAACUGACUUAGUUAAUAAUGCAAAUGGUAAAAUUCUUGAUUUGUUAUUAGAAUAUAUCAAAAAAUUGACUACUGAAGCUGAUAGUUAUCAAAUUACUUGGGAAUUAGCUUUCAAAUUAUAUAAAGAAAAUAGCAAAUACGUUUUGGCCUUACAAGCAUUGAAAAAUCUCGAUCGAAUCUUGAAACAAGGCCAACCAGACAAGAAAUUCAAAGUUAUUGCUAAAUCUGCCAUUGAAUUACUCCAUGCUGCUGAAAAUGAUCCUAAUUCACCAGCUGCUAUUGCAAAAGUAGUUGAAAAAGGUUUACAAGGAAUUUUUCCUGAAUUGAGUGAAGGUAAAGCUAAGUUUGAAGAAAUCUACGCCUAA